ACAUCUUAUAAUAGUAAUAGAUGCCUUAAACUUCUCGAUAGUUGAAAUAAGAUUGAAUUUUCAAUCGCUUAGUUUGUUUUUUCCACUCUUUUUACCUAUUUUUGGUCAGUUUAUUUCGGCAUUUGUAUUAUCAUGUCAUCUAGGAAAGCAACUGACGGUAUUGAGGACUCUCCUAUGCUAACGAUCGCUAGUAAUAACGAUGAAAUGGAGAAAAGUGACGCUGCUACAUCCACUAGAUUGAACAACCAGGACAGCUCUAAUACUCUUAUUGGGCCCGGUCAGACAAACACUGCUAAUGCUGGUAAUGAUGAUGGAAUCCUCAAGACAAAGAAAACAGAGAAGUAUUACGAGAGUAAUGCUGGUGAUGGUUCUAAAGCAACUGACCAAUACGUUGAGGGGUUGGGAUUAGUCUUCACGCUUUUCAGUUGUUUUGCAAGCUUGUUUAUUGUGGCUCUAGACCAAACCAUCAUUUCAACAAUCUUAACAAAAGUUGGUAAUAAGUUCGAUGCAUUUUCACAAAUAGGAUGGCUCACUUCUGGGUUUCUUCUACCUAUGGCCUGCUUGGCUCCUUCUUAUGGGAAAAUCUCGAUUGCAUUCGGUAGAAAGAAUACCAUUCUAGUGGGCAUUGUGAUUUUUGAGAUUGGUUCAUUAAUUGCAGCAUUAGCUCAAAAUAUGAAUAUGUUGAUAGGUGGCCGGGUCAUUCAAGGUGUUGGUGGAGGUGCUGUCCAAGCAAUGGUAAUUGUUAUUCUUAGUGAGAGCGUUCCUAUUUCUAAGAGAGCCUUGUCAAUGACUUUAUUAGGUGUGACUUUUUCAGUAGCUUCUGUCAUUGGUCCCUUUAUUGGUGGUGCGUUUAGUACCCAUGUCACCUGGAGAUGGUGUUUUUAUAUAAAUUUACCGAUUGGUGGUGUUUCUUUCAUUUUCCUUCUCUUCGGAUUUAAUCCUCCCAGAGCUAAGGGUAACAUUCUUGAAAAAUUAAAGAAAAUUGACUACAUUGGAACUGUUCUUUUAUCUGGCGGUUUGGUGUUACUCUUGCUAGGGAUUACUUUUGGUGGUGUCGACUUUCCUUGGAAGUCGGCUGCCGUCAUUUGUUGUUUCGUCAUAGGUGGAAUCCUUCUAAUAAUUUUCACCUAUUAUAACUUCUUUGUUUCCAAAAUUCCUUUACUCAUUAGAGAAGUUGUGAUAGUUCCUCAAAUAUUUAUGUGUUGCACUUGUGCUGCAUUCAAUUUUGCAUUCUUCAUGGCUGAAUUAACAUACUUGGCCGUUUAUUUCCAAGUCAUCUUCAAUGCAUCAUCUUUCCAAUCUGGUAUUGAUUUAUUACCUUUAAUUAUAUCCGUCACUCUUGCAUCAAUGUUUAAUGGUAUUUUUAUGAGAUACUCAAGGUUCGUUAAAAUUCCAAUUAUGGUAUCUACAUCUUUAGGAAUUAUCGGUAACGGUUUGCUACUAUUACUAGACCAACAUUCUUCUUCAAAAGACAGAAUAGGUUUAUUGAUUGUUGUUGGUGUGUCAAUCGGUUUACAGUUUCAAAGUUCUGCUUUAUCGGCCCAAUUGAAUGCACCUAAUGAUGUUGAGGGGUCUCUUAUAAUUACUACUGUAUUCCUCAAUUUCACAAAAGAAGCUGGUGCAGCAAUCGGUAUUGCAUUGGCCCAAUUAAUGUUUACUUCAACUGGUAGCAAUUACAUAACAUCCAUGAUUAAAGGACUUGACAAAAAUUCUAAAGAUUAUAAAAUUUUAAGUAAACUUAAUGCUAAAACUUUGAUACAAACACCCACUUUGAUCAAUAGCUUGCCGAGCUCUACUAGAGAUUUGGUUAUAGGUCAAUUCAUGAAGGCAGUUGAAAACGUGUUUUAUUUAUGUUUGGCUUUUUCCGUCAUUUCUUUUAUUGCCUCUAUAUUCACUACUAAUAAAAGAAUCCCUAAAGAUGACGAAGUUUAUCUUGGUAGUGAUGAAGAGAAAGACGAUCAAGAUGAACAAAAUGAAGUUUAUACCGGUAAUCGUGAUGCAAAUUGCCAACAAUCAGCCGACCUUGAAGUUGGUAUAAAUAGAAAAUGAUCAACAAAAUGAUAUAAUGAUACUUGUUAGGGCUUUUAAUAGAAUUUUUCUUCAUCAAUUACAACCUCUCUUUUUUAUUUAAUUGAAAAUUAAUUCGAAUUAUAUACAUACAUAAUGAC